CGGAUGGGGUGGGGUAGAGACUGGGCUGAGUAAAAGACCCUUGCUGGAGCUGAAGGGCCGAAAGGGGUCGUUUGACCUCCGCGAUGCGUCACGUGGGAUGCCGGGGGCGGAGGCAGAAAUGCUGGUUAAGUUCCUUCCGGGUCAGAGACAGAUGCGUGAACUCCGUGGAGAUAGUUCCUGGUAUCCUAGUCUUGUGUGAAUCUUCCUUGUCCCACCGCGAGGUGGUUGUGGUUUCGGCGAUGAGCUCCCAGAAAGGGAACGUGGCUCGUUCCAGGCCUCAGAGGCACCAGAAUACGUUUAGCUUCAAAAAUGACAAGUUUGAUAAGAGUGUUCAGACCAAGAAAAUUAAUGCAAAACUUCAUGAUGGAGUAUGUCAGCGUUGUAAAGAAGUUCUUGAGUGGCGGGUAAAAUACAGCAAGUACAAACCCUUAUCAAAGCCUAAAAAAUGUGUUAAAUGUUUACAAAAGACAGUGAAGGAUUCUUAUCACAUAAUGUGUAGACCAUGUGCCUGUGAUCUUGAAGUUUGUGCCAAAUGUGGAAAGAGAGAAGAUGUUGUUAUUCCGUUUAAUAUAGAACCAGAAAAGACAGAAAAUGUUGAAAAUAAUCUACCUUCCAGCCACAGAAGAAGCUGCAGAAGAAAUGAAGAAAGUGAUGAUGAUUUAGAUUUUGAUUUAGAUUUUGAUUUAAAUGACACAGAAGAAGACAAUCAGAUGGAUUGAUAUAACUAUAUUAAAAGAUAGUUUGAAAGCAUGAAA